CUGCAGUACGAGAUAGAUACCUGUGCGGCGGCGCCCCGGUUCCUCAAGCAUUGCCGCUCCGGGGUUUUGGUCUAUAAUUGUCCAUGCAAAGUGUCUGCCAGAGUGAUUUUUUUUUUUUUGUCAAGGACUAUUGGGAGAGGUGUGGGGUGUCGUCCCUUGCGUAGCAAGCUUAUAUUUACUUCUUACUGUAUUUAUUAUGAAUCUCAUAAAAUCGAAUUAAUUCACUUAUCCAGCGCUUUCAGCUCUCAGUCCUUUGCUGUGUUUGUGUUCUCGCUCUCUCUCCGUGCGUUUUUGCGAGAAAGAGGAAGAGAGAGAGGGAGGGAGGGAGAAGGAAAGAGAGAGAGAGAGCAGCCCAGCGAUGAUGAGGAUGACUCGCUGUGUCUCGUACUAGCAGCAUAGCUAGUAUAACACACACACACAGAGAUCCACGAGUAGAGAUCGCUUCUACAGAUUGAUAACAACCAACCCCGAAUUAAACACACACCUGCCUGCGCUGCAGCCAGCUCUGCGGGGGAGCACAAUAGGGAACUCGCGAAGAGGCAAAUCGCAGCAGAACAAGACUCAAGACUAUAGAGCCACCGGCAGCACGUCACCGGGUACCGUGCAGCGUGUCCACAAUACAAACAAGGGACCGGGCGGCAGGAGAGCCAACAACUGGUUUACAAUACAAAGAGACGGGGACCGGGAAAUCUAGACAGCCAUGUACAUCAACACGGACAGCCAGAGGCAAGGCACGCUGUCUCUCAGUGUGGUGCUGGUCUCUCUCGCUGUGACUAUCUGUACCGCCUCCAUGCUUGUGCUCUGUGGAAUCUGCACCUGGUGCCAGCGCAAACUGGGCAAGCACUACAAACCCAGCCUGGAGACGGCAGAUACCCCCGAUUCCAGCCGGGGCCGUGGAGAGAAGAAAGCCAUCAAUGAUCUAGACAGAGACUUUUGGAAUAACAAUGAAAGCACAGUGCACCAGAAAUGGAGUUCCUACCCUCCCAAGGACUUUCUUCUUAACAUUUCUCCCUAUGCGCCGUACGGCGACCCACGUCUGGCCCUCAAUGGCUCUCUCCCUGGGGGUGUGAAGGCCGCGGCGGGGGGGAGGGAGAGCUCAGUGGGCGGGAGGCCCGUGCGCAGUAACAGCGUGAAGAGUGUGGGCUCCGGAGCCAGCAGCCGCAGCGAGGUGCUGAACGGCCGGGCCGAGAAGGCGGGCCGCUGGCAGACCGUGCAGACACACCUGCAAUCCGGCAAACUGCGGCCAGCCAAUUUCGACGACCCGUCUCUCUCCACUGCCUCUACUCUGGAGCACAUCUCUGGCACUCCCCCUGGUGUUUGCGGCCGGCCUCGCACCCUGGUGAGGCAGCAGAGCUUGCAGCAGCCCCUCAGCCAACCUCCAGCCCCCUGCCCGGGAGACCUGCCCCCCACUAGCCAGAGCCUGGGUCAGCUGCACCCCCAGCUCCCCUCCAGCAGCUCUAGCGGAGGGGGGAGGCCGGGCCGAGGGGGCGUCCCGGGCAGGCAGGGGGGGUCGGCGGGCUCCUCGCACUAUCGGACCAGUGGAGGGCGCUCUCGCUCCAACCCCGGCAGCUGGGACCACGUGAUGGGGCAGAUUCGGAACCGCGGUCUCGACAUGAAGUCCUUCCUAGAAGGCCGUAUGGUGGUUCUGUCGCUGGUUAUGGGUAUCUCAGAGCAGGAUGAUUUCGCCAACAUCCCGGACCUGCAGACUGGACCGGGCCAGAACAAUCAGAACACCCCCUCGGACAAGAGGUUACCCGGGGGGAGCAAGGCGCUGAACAGCACCACGGUGCAGGGGCAGCUCCCCCAUGACGAGGCAGACCGCCGCACCGAGCCACACUCCUCCGUCUCCGACCUUGCCAACUCCCUGACCAGCGAGAUGCUCAUGCUCUCCCCAGGCUCGGAGGAUGACGAUGGGCACGAGGGUACCGGCAGGGAGAAUCUGGGUCGGAUCCAGUUCAGCGUCGGCUACAACUUCCAGGAUUCGACGCUCACUGUGAAGAUCCUGAAAGGGCAGGAGCUGCCGGCCAAGGACUUCAGCGGCACCAGUGACCCCUUCGUCAAGAUCUACCUGCUACCAGACAAGAAAAACAAGCUGGAGACCAAGGUGAAGAGGAAGAACCUCAACCCACACUGGAACGAGACCUUCCUGUUCGAGGGGUUCCCCUAUGAGAAGGUGGUCCAGCGGACCCUGUACCUGCAGGUUCUGGAUUAUGACCGGUUCAGUCGAAACGACCCAAUCGGGGAGGUGUCCAUCCCGCUCAACAAGGUGGACCUGGCACACAUGCAGACCUUCUGGAAGGAGCUGAAGCCCUGCAUUGAUGGCAGUGGGAGUCGAGGGGAGCUGCUGCUGUCUCUCUGCUACAACCCCACAGCCAACACCAUCACUGUGAACAUCAUCAAAGCCCGCAACCUCAAAGCCAUGGACAUCGGGGGCACCUCAGACCCCUAUGUGAAGUUGUGGCUGAUGCACAAGGACAAGCGUGUUGAGAAGAAGAAGACGGUGGUGAUGAAGUGCUGCCUCAACCCCGUCUUCAAUGAGUCCUUCCCCUUCGAAAUCCCCACCGAGCGACUCCGAGAGACAACCAUCAUCAUCACCGUGAUGGACAAGGACAGACUGAGCCGCAACGAUGUCAUCGGCAAGAUCUACCUGUCGUGGAAGAGUGGCCCAGGGGAGGUAAAGCACUGGAAGGACAUGAUAGGCCGGCCUCGCCAGGCCGUGGCUCAGUGGCACCAGCUGAAAGCCUGAGACUGCCCCCCAUCCCCGUCCCCACCCCACCCCACCCCACCCCACCCACCCCACCUCCCAUCCCGUCCCGUCCCCACCACAAGGACGAAGGACACCGGACACUCUCUACGCAAUCAGAAAAAAUGUUUUAUGCACACAAAAAAAGACACGCCGGGGGCUCGUUGUCAUGGCAACUCUCUAAACGGGUACAACUUCAGCCAUCCGUCAGUCAGUCAAUCAAUAAAUCAAUCAAUCAGUAGAUGAGAGAGUCCCGGGGGAGAGACACCGUGGGCCCAGGACUCUCUGCCAUCGCCGAUCCUUUCAAAAAAUACAAAACAAACUGAAUUGAACUGAACUGAGUGGCUGUCCAGCACAGGCACAAAAACAUCAAUUCAUUGUGUAAUAAACAUCGCCGUCUGUUUCUCAAGUGUGUGUGAAGUGCUGUAGCUCACGUUUUAGAGAACAAUUACACAUAAGAACAUAGCUGGCGCAUCCCUUCUUACACAGACAAUGUAUUAACGAAACUGCAAUGCGUUCUUCCAGCCUGAGGGGGGCGCUGUCUGUAAACCCACUCUCUCCCUGGCAGGACAGAGAGGCUUGUGGUUCCUGCAGCUUCAAGAACGCUGACAACGACAACAGCAACCAUCAUUACGCUAAUACUAGUAAGAUUAUUAUGGACACCACUCCUAAAAGGGGGUCUCCACCGAUUCCUCAGCCAAGAUAACAGGAAGUGUGCUGAGGAGUGGGCUUCUUUACUGUGCGUGUGUUUGUUCCAAGUGUAAGGGUAGUAAGCCAGUGCCCCAUUGGGGCUCUCUCUCUCUCUCUCUCUCUCUCUCUCACUCUCUCUCGCUCUCUCUCGCCACGGCUGCUGUCUGUGUGGCUUGGCGAGGUUUAUCUGCACUUUUAAAAAGACAAGAUGCAAAUGUUUAUUAAUAAUAAUAAUAAUAAUAAUAAUAAUAAUAAUAAUAAUAACUGUUAAAGGGAGGGGUGUUGAUUAAG